CCAGCAGCGAGGAGCGCUAGCCGAGCGGCCGGUCCGCGGAAUCCCGCGCCCAGCUCGCCCGCACGCCCGGCCGGGCUCGGCCCGCAGCGAGCAUGGGCGCGGCGGCCGUGCGCUGGCACUUGUGGGUGCUGUUCGCGCUGGGUGCGUGCGGGCGACUGGCGGCGGGCAGCGGGCUCCCAGGGGCAGCCGACGUGGAUGAGUGCUCUGAGGGCACAGAUGACUGCCACAUCGAUGCCAUCUGCCAGAACACACCCAAGUCCUACAAAUGCCUGUGCAAGCCAGGCUACAAGGGGGAAGGCCGGCAGUGUGAAGACAUCGACGAGUGUGAGAACGACUACUACAACGGGGGCUGUGUCCACGAGUGCAUCAAUAUCCCGGGGAACUACAGGUGCACCUGCUUCGACGGCUUCAUGCUGGCCCACGAUGGACACAACUGCCUGGAUGUGGACGAGUGUCAGGACAACAACGGGGGCUGCCAGCAGGUCUGCGUUAACGCCAUGGGCAGCUACGAGUGCCAGUGCCACAGUGGCUUCUUCCUCAGUGACAACCAGCACACCUGCAUCCACCGCUCCAACGAGGGUAUGAACUGCAUGAACAAAGACCACGGCUGUGCCCACAUCUGCCGGGAGACGCCCAAAGGUGGGGUGGCCUGUGACUGCAGGCCCGGCUUUGACCUUGCCCAAAACCAGAAGGACUGCACACUCACCUGUAACUAUGGAAACGGAGGCUGCCAGCACAGCUGUGAGGACACGGACACGGGCCCCCUGUGUGGCUGUCACCAGAAGUACGCCCUGCACUCGGACGGCCGGACGUGCAUCGAGGAGGAUGAGGCUGCAAUUGAGCGCUCUCAGUUCAGUGCCACGUCAGUAGCUGAUGUGGACAAGCGGGUGAAACGGCGGCUCCUCAUGGAGACGUGUGCAGUGAACAACGGAGGCUGCGACCGGACGUGCAAGGACACGGCCACUGGUGUGCGGUGCAGCUGCCCAGUGGGGUUCACGCUACAGCCCGACGGGAAGACGUGCAAAGACAUCAACGAGUGUCUGGCCAACAACGGGGGCUGCGACCACUUCUGCCGCAACACCGUGGGCAGCUUCGAGUGCGGCUGCCGGAAGGGCUACAAGCUGCUGACCGACGAGCGGACGUGCCAGGACGUGGACGAGUGCUCCUUCGAGCGGACCUGCGACCACAUCUGCAUCAACUCCCCAGGCAGCUUCCAGUGCCUGUGUCACCGUGGCUACAUACUCUACGGGACCACCCACUGCGGAGACGUGGACGAGUGCAGCAUGAACAACGGGAGCUGUGACCAGGGCUGCGUCAACACCAAGGGCAGCUUCGAAUGCGUCUGCCCACCAGGGAGGCGGCUCCACUGGAACCGGAAGGACUGUGUGGAGACGGGCAAAUGCCUUUCCCGGGCCAGGGCCGCCCCCCAGGCCCAGCUGUCCUGCAGCAAGGUGGGCAGCGUGGAAAGCUGCCUCCUCUCCUGUCCAGCUCCCACCCACUUUGCGCCAGACUCGGAAAACAGCUACAGCCUGAGCUGCGGCGUCCCCGGUCUCCAGGGCAAGACACCGCAGAAACGCAACGGCACCAGCCCCAACGCCGGGCCCAGCUGCUCAGGUGCCCCCACCACCCCCAUCAGGCAGAAGGCCCGCUUCAAGAUCCGAGAUGCCAAGUGCCACCUCCGGCCCCGUGGCCGGGAGCCAGCAAAGGAGGCCUUGAGGCAGCUGCUGCUGGAAAACUGCCACGUGACCUUUGUGACCCUCAAGUGCGACUCCUCCAAGAAGAGACGCCGCGGCCAGAAGUCCCCAUCCAAGGAGGUGACCCACAUCACAGCAGAGUUCGAGGUCGAGACAAAGGUGGAAGAGGCCUCAGACACCUGCGAGGCGGACUGCGUGCGGAAGCGAGCGGAGCAGAGCCUGCAGGCCGCCCUCAGGACUCUGCGGAAGGCCAUCGGCCGGCAGCACUUCUCCGUCCAGGUCGCAGGCACUGAGUACGAAGUGGUGCAGAGGUCGGCCAAGGCCCUGGAGGCCCAGGGUGCGUGUGGCACGGGCCAGGUGCUCCAGGACGGCAAGUGCGUGGCCUGUGAGCCUGGCACCUACUUCCAUGGAGACUCUGGCCAGUGUGCGCCGUGCAUGCCGGGGACCUACCAGGACAGGGGCGGCCAGCUCAGCUGCACGCCAUGCCCCAGCAGCGACGGGCUGGGCCUGGCCGGUGCCCGCAACGUAUCUGAAUGUGGAGGCCAGUGCUCUCCGGGUUCCUUCUCGGCUGAUGGCUUCCGGCCCUGCCAGGACUGCCCCGUGGGCACGUACCAGCCAGAGCCCGGGCGCACUGGCUGUUUCCUCUGCGGUGGGGGGCUGCUCACCAAGCACGGGGGCGCAGCCUCCUUCCAAGACUGUGAGGCCAAAGUGCACUGCUCCCCGGGCCACCACUACAACACCACCACCCACCGGUGCGUCCGCUGCCCGGCCGGCACCUACCAGCCCGAGUUCGGCCAGAACCACUGCAUUGCCUGCCCGGGCAACACCAGCACGGACUUCGACGGCUCCACCAACGUCACGCACUGCAAAAACCAGCACUGCGGCGGUGAGCUCGGUGACUACACGGGCUACAUCGAGUCCCCCAACUACCCCGGCGACUACCCGGCCAACGCGGAGUGCGUGUGGAACAUCUCCCCGCCCCCCAAGCGCAGGGUCCUCGUCGUGGUCCCCGAGAUCUUCCUGCCCAUCGAGGACGAGUGCGGCGACGUCCUGGUCAUGCGCAAGAGCGCCUCGCCCACAUCCAUCACCACCUAUGAGACCUGCCAGACCUACGAGAGGCCCAUCGCCUUCACCUCCCGCUCCCGGAAGCUCUGGAUCCAGUUCAAAUCCAAUGAAGGCAACAGCGGCAAAGGCUUCCAAGUGCCCUAUGUCACCUACGAUGAGGACUACCAGCAGCUGAUAGAGGACAUCGUUCGCGACGGGCGGCUGUACGCCUCGGAGAAUCACCAGGAGAUUUUGAAAGACAAGAAGCUGAUCAAGGCCCUCUUCGACGUGCUGGCGCACCCCCAGAACUACUUCAAGUACACAGCCCAGGAGUCCAAGGAGAUGUUCCCGCGGUCCUUCAUCAAACUGCUGCGCUCCAAAGUGUCCCGGUUCCUGCGGCCUUACAAAUAACGCCGCUGCCGGCUCGGGACGCCCGUGUCCGGAGGGGAGGGCGAGGGGGGAGCCUGCCCUCCACGGCAGCGGCUCAGAAGCUGCUCCAACGGGCCUGCGCAUCGCCUCGGGGAGUCGCCGCGGAGGCUGCCCUUCAGGAAGGCCCACCGGUCGGCGAGGGCGGGACCCCACCCAGGCAGAGACCCCAGCCCGCCCGCCCACGCUCACGCCUCCCGUCGCUGCCCCGCCUCCCGUCGCCGCCCCGGUGGGAGAACACUUGUUAAAGCAGCCUUUCUCCUCCCCUCUGCCUGCUGGUUUCCAGGCUGCCGGGAGCGCCCUCUCCUGGCAGGACACUGCACCGCCACGAGGGCGGGUCCUGGCGGGCAUUGGAAGUCGGCAGAUGCCCCUUGGUGACAGACGUCUCCGGAGGCUGUUGGAGGCCUGAUGGGAGACGAGCAGCCCGGCCUCGCAGAGGAGGGUGUGUGAGGGCGUCUGGAGGGCUUUGAUAAGCGGGGUGCAGCUGCUGCCGCAGGGGCAGCCACACCCAGAGCCCCGGCCGCAGGCCCAGGAUGUGUUGCCUUGCGGUCAGGUCCGGAGGACUCAGAGGCACAGAAAACAGCUGCUGGGGAAGAAAGUGCUUUCCCUUGAUAGAGGUCUAAUUAAGUAUUAUAUGUAUAAGUAUAAAUAUAUAUACUUCUAUCUGUGGGUACUUUAGGGAAAGUCUCCUCAGUAACUGUAAAUAUUGCAACCCCGCCUGGUCUCCGGCAGCCAGUGAGCACCCCAGCUUUUGCUGGCUUCCCUGGCUGAUUAAACGGCUUCCCCAGACGCUGGCCACCCCUGUUUCUGUGCGGCCAGGAGCCUGCAGGCCAGGGACGAGGCGGGCCGGCUGUGGACACACUUCGGAAGAUGAGACCUUCGGGAUGGGGCUCCAGGGCUCUGCUGGGUGCUGCCCUCAGACGGAACGUGGUGGAAGGCGGGUUCCCCCAAACCCCUUGCCGGGGGUGCAGGGACCCAGUGGUCAGCUUCCGGAGGGACCUGGGUCUGACCUUGAGGCCAUGACUUUGGGGCCCAUGCUGUGCCCUCGUGGCACUGGAAGCAGGGCCGUCCCCACAGGAGCACAGGCUGUAUGACCACAGAGGCCUCCAGAGCAGUGGCUCGCUCCUUCCUCGUCCUGGAGCAGGCAGGGGUGGCCCCAGGCCCAGGCAGCCCCAGGGCCGGAGUGCCAGCCUCCAGGCAGGCUGCUUCCUGCCCUGCCAGGCUGCCUCCCUCUCGGAGUCUGUCUUUAAAAAAGAAAAGUCUGGAAUUCGACUGAGUUGCCUGGAGUCCCACUCCGACAGGAGGCCGGCACCUGGGACAGAGCUGCUGCCGCCGUGACGUGCAGAGGCCAUGAUGUGCGGAGACGGCGGCCACCGGGGCAGGAUGGGCCUGGGACGUGGUCCGUAGUUAUAGGGUUAAAAGGUAUUUGGGGUCCCAAGGAACGUGGGAGAAUCAGAAAGGGAACCCCAGCCCCCAGGCCGUUUCCUCCCCCCCCCACCUCCUCCCAGGGCCGAGCCGAGCCGAGCAGCUGGCCGUGAGCCUGGCGUGAGAAGCAUCCUCGGCCCUGAGAAUGGCGACGACAGGCAGGCCGGCCAGGUCCCCCUGCCACCCACAGCCAUCACUUGUCCCAGCUAGGACAAGUUCCCCAACGAGCUGCCAUCAGCACCUUCUCUGCCAAAACCAGCUCAAGUUGGGAGGGGCAGCACCUGGGGGGCAGGUCAGGGCCAGCCAAGGAGCCCCACGGGGCUUCCCCUGGUCACUACACUGCCCUUCCCCUGGUCACAGUCCAUGAAAGCCAGCCCUAGUUCCCAGAAAGAGUCCUGUCUUCCCUUGCCGAGCCCUCAGUCGUCCUUGGAAAUCAGGCUCCUCCAGAACAGGCCCCAGAACAGCUCCAGGGGAGGGGACUGGGAGGGGUUUUUUCCAAUUGUCCCCCCAAAAAUAGGACCAGGAAGACCUGUCACCUCUCUGCCUCUUCCUGCUGCUCCUGCACAGGAUGCCUGCCACGUGCCCCCACAUGCCCACUAACCUGCCCGCCCCGUCAGCGGGAGUCCACUCAGCCCACAGCCGCCACAACACCCUCAUCAGUCCCUGCCCCCGCAGUGUCCCCGCAGGACAGGGCAGGGCAGGGCCGACUUGGACGUGGGGCCCUCACCCCUUCACAAGGACCAGGCCGCCCACAACCCACACAGUCACCAUCCAGCCCUCCCUCCCGGGUAACACACCUCCCACACCAUUGGGGGUGCUCACAGUCCAGUGGUGGGGUCUGGCCUGAAUCUCCAUUUUCAGGGCCCCACCUUGUGAGCCUGGAGCUGUCCCCCGUCCUCAGGGCCCAGUGGUCCUGGGGCCCCUCUGGUCCAAAAGCCCCACUUUUCCACGUCUCCACACUGUGGGAACUAGUGGCAGCUGGGCUCACACGAGGUGGCCGUCCCCCUGGCUCCGGGUGGAGGUGGAGAGCAAGGACACAGAAGGGACGGGGCCCAGGUGGGUUAUGAGAUGAACCCCCCGAGGACUGAGGUACAGACAACCCAUGCUGCCCAAAGGAGAAGCCAGCGUGGGGGGCGCUGAGCCAGAAGGGGCACAGCCCACUCCUGACGGACAUUGGUCUUGAGCAGCCACAGCCCCACCCCAGCCAGUGUCUGCCCUUCGCCUGGCAUGGACCUUCGGUGGCCAGCCAGCCAGUGAACUCCAAGGGAAGGAGCUAAGGAACAAGCUGCUGGAAGCAAGAGCCGCCGCCUUGGCCAGGACCGACGGCAGGGGCCGAGGCUGGCUGUGCUCCUGGUGCGGCAGCACACCGGCCAGCUGGAGACGCUUGGAGGAGGGCGCCUCGUACCCCUGCCAGGGGCCUCGGGCAAGGAGGAGCGCCCCUGUCCUCCCCACCCUCCCCUGUUGGCCUCUGGCCCCAACUGAACUAAGUUGGGUUAAUGAGCAAACGUUUGCUGAGUACCUACUGCGUGCUAGGCCCCAGAAAAGGAGGGAGACUAGAGCUGGGCCAACGGGGUCCUCUGGGAAGCUCCCGUGGCCACAGAUGAGUGGGGCCAGACACGGAAGAGCCCAGCAGUCUCCUCAGGAGAAGACGCCCCCCCACCCCAGGGGGCACCACCCAGGACCCUCAGCAGGGAUGGAGGGCGUGUGCAGACAGGUGGAGCAGAGCUGGGGACACAGAUUUGCGUGUCAAGAAGGAUGUCGCGGGAGAAGCUACAGCCACGCUCCGCCGUGGGUGGAGAGGUGCGCACAGGCCACAGCCACCAGCUUAGGACGGCAGCCUCUGCCGCACACAGUGCCUGCCGCUGGCGCUUACACUCCAGAAGGGAGCUCCGUUCUCGUUACCCAGGAACCCCAGCUUUUUUUGACCACCCCACUCCAUGCCUGGAAGCUGGUCAGCCUGGUAAACUGCAUCUUCGCGUUCACCAAAGACAGGGGGGCGGCAGCCCGGCCCUCUGACCAGGGCAACAGCACAGCGCGCCUAUGCCGUCCAGGGCAAUGGCGGGAGGACUUGAUGUUCUAGAGACAGCAAACAGCUCCGGUUCUCCCACGGCUGCCUCUGCAGCCCCCACAGACUGCUGGGCCCUCCGGGAGUGAGCCUACGUCCUAGGCACCUACUGUGUGCCCAACACAGCGCCACACAAGCUGGAGUCAGCCUUACCCAGCCAGCCUUGCUUCUUGGAGAGGGCACCUGCAAGGGCUACCUCGCCAUACCCAGGGCCCAGACAACACAGCCAUGGCCCCAGGUUCCCUCCCGGGGUCCUGCGCAGCACAGGUGGCCCCCAAAGAGCAGGACCCUCUGUUCUUUUGAGGGCUCCCCAGAGCCUAAACGCACUCUACGGAAUUCUCUGGAGACCCCAAGUCUCGGCAGGAGGGGCCAGAGGUCCCCCCACACCCUUUCCUGGCUGGCUCUGGGCUGAACCCUUUACCAUCUGCACACACGAGGCCCCUGCCCCUGCAAGGUGGGUGCGCCAAACUUGAGCUUCAGGUGUGGAGAUGGAGACUCUGGGCGACCAAGAGGCCUGCCUGAGGCAAACAGUAACUCAUGGAACUGAGCGCAAAGCAAGCCCGCCUGGCCCGAAAGGAGGAAACUCUCUCGCUGAGAUGUUGGCACUGCCUGUUACAGGUCGGUCGGCCCUGGCGGUCAUGUCCAGGGCGGGGAUAUGCAGGGCAGAGAGGACAGAGGGAGGAGGGGUGCAAGUGGGGACUUAGUGCCAACGCCUCCCUCUGAGAAAGGCGGUCCUCUCCCUUCUCCCUGGGGGGGCAGCACCACCAUUCCAACCUGAGCUCCAGGGGUGAGUCCCUGCUCUGCCCUGGCCCAGCGCCCCCUCCCCUGACUUCCCCUCGCACAGGCCCCAGUGCAUGCUCAGUAGAGAGUUUGGGUCCCUUUGCCAACAGUGUGGUGAAAAGCAGGUGUCAGGGAAAGCUGGCUGAUGCCAAGUAUGUUGAUGUUCAGUCCAGAGGCCACGCGGAGCUUCGGGGAGACUUCUUACUCCGCUGAGGUCAGAACCUGGAGCAGCCUGAGCAGACGCAGCCCCCACUGCUCUGGGCAGCCUGCGGCCGUGGGCAGGAGCCAGAGAGCGGAGCCCCAGUGCCCACAGCCUUCGCCCAGCUCCGGUGGAGGCUGCUGGGCUGCUGUCCUGCUGUCCUGGCGCUUUGGCAAUCACUGCCUAGAGUGACAGAUGCCAGUGUGACCACGUUUUUCUUUUAGUUGCCUUGAAUAUCCGAAGUUUUGUUUUCUCCAUUAUGUUCAUACCUAUGCAUGUAAUUAAACAUUUGUGAAAAAGCACUCC